AUGUCGUCAGAGGAGGUCGUGUUCGGACGCUGGAUUGUUUCUGAUGUCGGGACUUCCAACAAGUUAACAGGGAAGCUUGGGGUAGAGGGUAACAUUGUGGCCGGCCUAGGCCAAGCCUCACCUGUAUGGCCCCAAGUGCAGAGAGCUCAGGACCGGAAGUUUAUCCUCGAUACAUUGGUGAACGGUCUCUCCCGUCUAGAGUAUCGUGGAUAUGACUCGGCUGGUAUAGCUGUCGACGGCGACAAGAAGAACGAGGUGCUCGCUUUCAAGGAGGUCGGCAAGGUUGCUAAGCUCAAGCAGCUCAUCGAGGAGUCCAAACCAGAUCUCACCAAGAUCUUCGACUCUCAUGCCGGUAUCGCCCAUACUCGAUGGGCUACUCACGGUCCUCCCUCUCGGCUGAACUGCCAUCCCCACCGAUCUGACCCCACAUGGGAAUUUUCAGUUGUCCACAAUGGCAUCAUCACUAAUUACAAGGAAUUGAAGACCCUCCUUUCCGCAAAGGGCUUUAAGUUCGAGACCGAGACCGACACAGAGUGCAUUGCGAAGCUCACGAAGUACCUAUACGACCAACAUCCCCACAUUGACUUUGUCGACCUUGCUAAGGCCGUCAUUACCGAGCUCGAGGGUGCCUACGGUUUGCUGAUCAAGUCAGUCCACUACCCCCAUGAGGUUAUUGCUGCUCGCAAGGGUUCACCCCUUGUCAUUGGUGUGAAGACCCAAAAGCGCAUGAAGGUCGACUUCGUCGAUGUAGAAUAUUCCGAGGAAAAUGGCGCCUUACCCGCUGAGGCUGCCUCGCAGAAUGUUGCCUUGAAGAAGCAGACUGAUAACUUCCUGGCUCCGAGCUCCCUACUUGGCGCCCCCGACAAGUCCCUACUCCACCGUUCGCAGUCCCGAGCUUUCAUGACUGAUGAUGGCUUGCCCAUGCCCGCUGAGUUCUUCCUCUCAUCUGACCCUUCGGCUAUCGUCGAGCACACCAAGAAGGUCAUGUAUCUAGAGGAUGACGACAUUGCCCACAUUCACGAGGGCUCGCUGAAUAUCCACCGCCUCAAGAAGGCUGAUGGCAGCUCGAAUGUUCGUAGCAUCCAGACUCUGGAGCUUGAGCUUCAGGAGAUCAUGAAGGGUAAAUUCGACCACUUCAUGCAAAAGGAAAUCUUCGAACAGCCCGAGUCCGUCGUCAACACUAUGAGAGGUCGUCUCGACAUCGAACACAAGAGCGUCACCCUUGGUGGUCUAAGAUCAUACAUCGCGACUAUCCGCCGAUGCCGACGUAUUAUCUUCAUUGCUUGCGGGACAAGUUAUCACUCUUGCAUGGCUGUCCGAGGUAUCUUUGAAGAGCUUGCCGAGAUACCGAUUGCCGUAGAAUUGGCUUCCGACUUCCUCGAUAGAGAGGCGCCCGUUUUCCGUGACGACACGUGCGUGUUCGUGUCGCAGUCCGGUGAGACAGCUGAUUCUUUGAUGGCCCUCCGAUACUGUCUAGAGCGUGGCGCUCUUACUGUUGGUAUUGUCAACGUAGUUGGCUCUUCUAUUUCCCUCCUGACACACUGCGGUGUUCACGUCAACGCUGGCCCUGAGAUCGGUGUAGCCUCCACCAAGGCCUACACAUCGCAAUUCGUUGCCAUGGUUAUGUUUGCCCUAUCUCUUAGCGAAGACCGAGCAUCUAAGCAGAAGAGACGCGAGGAGAUCAUCGAGGGUCUCUCCAACAUCUCUACACAGAUCAAGGAGAUUUUGAAGUUAGACCAGUCUAUCAAGGAGCUCUGCUCCAAGACUUUCAAGAACCAGAAAUCUCUGCUUCUGCUGGGACGAGGCAGCCAGUACUCGACCGCUCUCGAGGGUGCUCUGAAGAUUAAGGAAAUUUCUUAUCUUCAUUGCGAAGCCGUCAUGUCUGGUGAGCUGAAGCACGGUGUGCUGGCUCUGGUUGACGAGAACCUCCCUAUCAUCAUGAUUUUGACCCGUGAUGACUUAUUUAAGAAGUCGCUAAAUGCUUACCAACAAGUUAUUGCCCGUGGCGGACAGCCUAUCGUUAUCUGCAACCCUGGCGACGAGGAAUUCCAAGCGAGUCCCGCGCAGAAGAUUGAGGUUCCUAAGACUGUCGACUGCUUGCAAGGUAUCCUCAACGUCGUCCCGCUCCAGCUUAUCGCUUACUGGCUGGCUGUUAUGGAAGGCCUUAACGUCGAUUUCCCACGAAAUCUGGCCAAGUCGGUCACCGUUGAAUAA